AUUCUUUUACUGUGUUUGUUUCUGUUUGCGCGGUUCCGUUUUAUAGCAGCAGCAGAAGCGAAGCGCUUAAUACCGUCUCGUCUAUUUCUCCUGAAUCAUCGCCAAGUCGUCACAGCCCCACGAGUCCCAGUCGAGUCGAGUCGAGUCGAGUCGAACUGUGCGUGAAAAGCUGUCGUCAUAUUCUAUACGAAAAGAAAACCCGCCCUUGAACAAACAGAAACAGAACAGACCUGAUACGCGCCCUCCACAUUUUACCGUCAUUCCUCUCGCCUCGUCUUACCUUUGAGCUGUUCUUUUCCCACUCAUUCCCCCCUUCUCUAUUACCUCCUCUCGAUCGCAUCGCGUCGUCUCUUCUUUUUAUUUUAUCUCUUUACAUUAUCUCUUAUCAGCUCAACAUGACGUGGGAACUCUCCCAGAGGCGGUUUAUCCGCUCCAUCAACUCAAAGUACAUUUACGGUCGCAUCCCUCUACUGCAUACUAUUGUCUUUUUAAUCGAAAUGGCUUUCAUCGCUAGACUUACUGCUAGAUUCAACUCUUACUACGAUGAACGACCACUCAUGACCAUGAUGGUCACCAACGCCAUCCUCGGAGGCGUCGCAGACACAGUCGCCCAGUCCAUCACCGCCAUCCGCGAACGAGCUAUCCGCCAACCCGGUGGCCUCAAGAAGAACGACGGCGUCGCCAUUGAGAUCCACGAGCUCGAUCGAAAGAACCCCUUCUACGAGCGCGACCUGAUCCCCGACUCGGUCGGCCUUCCCCCACCCUUUGACUUUGAGCGUCUCACCCGCUUCAUGGCCUACGGUUUCUGCAUGGCCCCCGUGCAGUUCAAGUGGUUCCGAUUCCUCGAGCGUAUCUUCCCCGUUACCAAGACGAGCGCUUUCGUCCCCGCCAUGAAGCGCGUUGCUUUCGACCAGCUUAUCUUUGCGCCGUUCGGUCUGGCUGUUUUCUACACCACCAUGACAAUUGCCGAGGGUGGUGGUCGUCGCGCUGUGUCCAACAAGCUUCGGGACAUGUACAUUCCUACUCUCAAGGCCAACUAUGUUGUCUGGCCUGCUGUGCAGAUUGUCAACUUCCGUUUGAUGCCUGUUCAAUUCCAACUGCCUUUCGUGUCGACAAUCGGUAUUGCCUGGACAGCAUACCUCUCCUUGACCAACUCUGCCUCCGAGUAAACUUAUUAUAUCUUCGAAACGUCGUCAAAUCGGCGUCGAGCCAGCUACAGGUGCAUCGUAUCAGAUUAUAUUGUCUAUGAUGAUGGUUCAGUCCAUCACGUAAAACCGGCGUUGAGAUUUACUUUGUUCAUAUACUGCAAGCCCUGCGAUUUGCGAGAGGUCAAGGCCUCAAUAUUAUUUGCAGAACUGCCUGGCAUGGCAUCUUCCAUUUUAUUGUCGUUGUGGAAUUGGGUUCCGGACCAUGUUUAGAUUAACAACUUGUGUCUCGUUGGGAGUUUCGGGUCGGUAGAUGUUUUGAACGAUAUGAAUUGACAUUUGUUCGCGACUGUGUCUGCUUGACGAACUAUUCACCUGGGCGGCUAGCUUUAUUGAUACAAGCUCAAUCGAUGUUCAAUACCUACGUAAGAUGUAACGGGAGUAUCACAAGCCAAAGUCGACUCUCACAUAAGACGGCUAUCGAUGCAUUUAGGCGUCGUUUGUGCGUCGAAGAAACCAAUAGCUUGUAGAUAAUACCGUUGUGGCGUACAGGUUAGACUUUUCCUGGCUUGGCUUUUUGUGCCUCGCAUAAUGAAAAUUGCAAAGUCCCAGCGACAAGACAAAGCAAACAAGCACACGACACCAGAUGCAAAUGCAGCUACUGCAGCUACACAAACAGAAGCUCUGUCAAAUACGGAUUGGGAAUACGGAACAUUGCAGUCCAACCCCGCAAAGAACAAGGGCCCCCCUGUGAGUAAGUGACGAUGGAGCCCGAUAGUCGGCGUCUGACUCAAGAAUUCAAGGGGGCAAGGGUAGUGGAGAAUAAAGAUGUUCAGACUGUUGAUCAGACAUGUUCAAGGGCAAUUGAGUUCGUCAUAGCUUGGAAAUAUGGAAUGGAGUACAGUAUACACAGUGGAAGAGUGUUUUCAUUGAAUUGUUAUAGAAUAGAAUUGGUGGUUCAUAUGUGUCUUGCAGCAGCAGCAGCAGCAGCAGCAGCAGCAGCAGUAAGCCGUUUGUCUCACUCGACAACCUACUCUGUACUCAGUGAUCCAAUUGAACAGCAAAUACCUGAUACUAAUUAACCACAAGUACUGUCAUAAAUUCUCUUUCUGCCGCACUCUCUAAUCGGACUAAUCCCGGCCACAGGGUCAGGGUCGGUCAGGGUCUUUGUACCGUGCUAGCAAAGUUUGCCCUCAGCUUGGCGUAUGAUUUGAUAGUGCCAAUGCUCAAGUGCGUCACUCUUUAUGGAAACUUUUUCAUCUCUCCUCCGCCAUUCGGAGCUCAGCCAUUAGUAUACUGCAUUGGUACAGGUACCUCUCUUCUUUUUUUCUUCCCCGCCCCCACCAAUAACCAAUAACCAGGCCCAAAUCCACGUCCCCAAGUCAUUGCCCGCCUCUUCUGCUCGUGGUAAAUAACUUAACCCAACAAGGCCCCAACUUUUGACUUUUCAACUUCCCAAUUCUCUUACCUUUGAUCCUUCAGCUUCGGAAUCUCCUUCUUCUUCCAGAUACCCCAGAUUUCCUUUCCUUUCCCAUCAUAUCAUAACAUCAAAACUGCCCAUCAUGUCCAACGUCGAGGUCACAGAGAACGGGGCUGCUCCCACCAUCCACAAGCCUCACCACAAUGCUGCUCUGCCUUACCAGUCCGUCGGCGACUUUCUCUCAAACACCAACAACUUCAAGAUCAUUGAGAGCACCUUGAGAGAGGGCGAGCAGUUUGCCAAUGCCUACUUUGACACAGGUAUGUCGUCACUGUAUCUAUCACAAGCUGAGAAGUAGCCAACUAACAUGAUUGUGCCCAACAGAGACCAAGAUCAAGAUGUACGACGACCAUUCGCUCCAUCUACCCAUCGGCGAUCGAUAUCCUAACAUUUCUAUAGUGCCAAGGCUCUCUCUGACUUUGGUGUCGAGUACAUUGAGCUCACCAGCCCUCUCGCCUCUCCCCAGUCCCGCAAGGACUGUGAGGAGAUCUGCAAGCUCGGCCUCAAGGCCAAGAUCCUCACUCGUGAGUCUUCAAUUGCGAAAGACAUGGAGUCGUGAACGAUUUGCUAACAGAACACUAGACGUGCGAUGCACAGUAAGUUCUCGUGCGACGUUGGCCAGCUCGAGCCUAAAUUAACACUAGCGUAGAUGGAAGAUGCCAAGGUCGCUGUUGAGACCGGUGUCGACGGUAAUCAUCCCAAUGCCUUAAUUGCUGUUUGACAGAAGCUGAUUAUUUCCAGGUGUCGAUGUUGUUAUUGGUACUUCUCAGUACCUGAGAGAGCACUCUCACGGAAAGGACAUGGCUUACAUCAAGGAGUCUGCCAUUGAGGUCAUCCGAUACAUCAAGAGGUUCGUCGUCUUACUGCAAAAGUCCUGAAAGACCACUGUACUGACAGUUCGUUUAGCCAAGGCAAGGAGGUCCGAUUCUCUUCUGAGGACUCUUUCCGAGUAUGUUCCCUGUACUCCCAAUUGGGGGAAAUUGGUAGCUAACGCAAAUAACAGAGUGACCUUGUCGACCUUCUCAGCCUUU